AUGUCAGAACGUGCAUUUAUAGGAUUGUUGACAAUAGUCAAUGGUUCCUUAUUUAAAGAGGAGGAAUAUAAACAAGUUUUCACUGAUUGGACACAUAAAUUCCAAAGAUUAUAUAGCAAUAAUGAAUUUUUAAAGAAAUAUCAUACUUUUAAAUCGAAUAUGGAUUAUGUCCAUUCAUGGAAUGCUAAAAACUCUGAUACAGUAUUGGAGUUGAACCAUUUGGCCGACCACUCACCAGAGGAGUACAAGAAAUUCUACUUGGGAACUCGUGUAAAACAUAUCCAUUUCAACGUACAAGGUACACACAUCAACACCCAACUCAGCACUGUAUUCGAAGACUCUGGUGCAACCGUAGAUUGGAGAAAGAAAGGUGCUGUUUCACCAAUUAAAGAUCAAGGUCAAUGUGGAUCCUGUUGGUCAUUCUCUACAACUGGAUCAGUUGAAGGAGCUCACCAAAUAAAGACUGGAAAUAUGGUUGAGUUGUCCGAACAGAAUUUGGUGGAUUGCUCCUCCGCCGAAGGAAAUAUGGGUUGCAAUGGUGGAUUGAUGAAUAAUGCUUUCGACUAUAUCAUAUCCAAUCACGGUAUUGACACUGAGCAAUCGUAUCCAUACACUGCCAACACCGGUAGCGUAUGUAAGUUCAAUAAGACCAAUGUCGGUGCAACCAUCUCCUCGUACAAGAGUAUCACACCGGGUUCAGAGACUGAUCUCGCCAAUGCAGUAAAGACAGCCGGUCCGGUGUCAGUUGCGAUUGAUGCCUCCCACCGUUCCUUCCAACUCUACUCACACGGUAUCUACUACGAGUGGUUGUGCUCCUCCACCCGAUUGGAUCAUGGUGUACUCGUUGUUGGAUACGGAUCCGGUAACCCACCCAACUCCGAUAUGGAUCACAUGAUUCUCAAGAAAACUGCCAAGACUGACCAUUAUCACGGUAAGAAAUCACUUAAAGUUGAAAAAGUAGACACCACAAGCUCCAAAAACUACUGGAUCGUCAAGAAUUCCUGGUCUGAUACCUGGGGUGAUAAAGGUUAUAUCUAUAUGUCAAAGGAUAGAAAGAAUAAUUGCGGUAAUGAGAUAACUUCUUUGGCUGUAAAUCUUUAA